AUGACCGACGAAAUCACCCUCUACGACCUCGCAAGCAAUCGCCCAAACCCCAGAGGAUGGUCGUCGAAUACCUUGAAAGCAAGGUUUGCCUUGCAGCUCAAGGGUAUCCCUUUCAAAACCGUCUGGGUAGAGUUUCCGGACAUUGAAAGCGUCUGCAAGAGCCUUGGCGCACCGCCGACCAGCGUAUGGCCGGACGGACAGCCGAUGUACACUCUCCCAGUGAUCAAGGAUCCGGGGACAAACACGGUCCUCGCUGAUUCGUGGGCCAUCGCCAAGUACCUAGAUGCCACAUACACAGCGAGGCCCCCUCUUAUUCCGGAAGGGACAGACGGUCUUCAAGCUGCAUUCUCGGAUGCAGCGACACGGAUUGCAAUGAUGCCUAUGAGCCAGGCAUUCCUGCCCUUGAUACCUAAUCUCCUGAAUCCGUCGAGCAUACCGUACUAUCGCUUCAGGCGGGAGCAGAUGCUAGGACUGAAGUUGGAAGAUUUCUGUCCGCUAGAGAAGAGGCCAGAAGUGCUGGAUACGGCGAAGAAGGGAUUCAGCGUUGUGGCAGGGUGGUAUGCGAAGAGCGGAAAGGAAUACUUGAUGGGAGAAAAGCCGUGCUUCGCUGACCUCAGCUUGGGUGCGUUCCUGGCCGGAACAAAGCAGAUCUUUGGAGAACAGUCAGACGAGUGGAAGCUUAUUAAGACUUGGGACGAUGGCAGAUGGGCGAGGUUGUUAAAAUCAAUAGAAAGUUUGUCCGUUGCUGAAUAA